CUGUCAAUCAGUGUGAGUGGGCUGGACCUUUGCUCCUAUUGGCUUAUCUUUUACUAUCGACUAGUUUUCCUGGAUACCUGCUCCGCGGACGGCUGCCACAGCUAGCAAAAACGUGCUAGGUCAAAAGUCACGGAGGAUGGCGGACUGGUGUGAACUUCAUAAUGCGACUUUUCAGCAGAAUGACUUUGUCUGUCAAUCAAGAAAGACAGGGCGGAGCCAGUUGUGUGAUUGGUUGCUUCUUUGCUCAGACAUAAGUAAUAGCACAUGAAGUGUCGAUUUAGGUCUAAUGGUGCAAUGCGUCUCCUACGCAGACGGCGGCAGUGUGCAGCUCGAAAUAAAGUUAAGGCACCGACAAAUGUAAAACACUGGGCGUGAAUAACGUUACAGGUUACAUGGCUGCAGGAGACAAGUCCGUUUCUGAGUUACUCAGAGAAGUUGCUAACCGCUUAGAUUGUACGUCUUCGCCUCAGUCUGAGAGAGUAUUGCAGCAGCGUACUGGAGAUGAAGCGGUCCCUGGUCCAAGUUCUCAUCAAAACAGCACAGUUUUAACGUUAGCAAAUGCUAAUGCUAUCACAGCUAGCUCCACUCCACCAAACGCUGUUCAGGCUGAAGUCGCAAGACUGUUUGCCCCUUACAGAGCGAGGCCUUCCUCAGCGCCACUUUCAUCUCUGACCCCACGUUCUUCCAAGAAAGUAUGCCGCUCCAUUUACACACACACCUUCUUCUGUUUACAUGAUCAUAUGUCAGACACAGUGCCAGCUAAAGCAGUCAAAUUUGACCUAGCAGCAGCUGGACUUGGAGAGAAACGGAUUUUCAUGUUCGAAAGGACUGUAGCAACAGUGAUGCCUGGAAUCUGUCCUGCGGGGUAGAGGAACCAGAUGGUAUCAUCUUGGAAUCCACCAUAACCUCAGCAAGAGCAGAGCAAUCGUCAGGUGAUAUGGUAGUGCAGGAAGAUGCAUCUCAUCAAGAUGAGGAAAAGUCACUUCUAGGGGAAAAACCAGAGUGGAAAUGUGAACAAGAUGCAACCAGAGCAGCCUGGCUCUACAAGUCCGAGUUACUUUCAAAGUAUGAGACCAGAAAGGCAGUAGUCCUGCAAAUGGACUUGCGGGAAAGUAUUGUGGAUCAACAGAGAUCACUUAUCUCCCUCUACAAGCCCCAAAGGUAGAGUGGACGGGCCCUGUCAGCUGCAAACUGGAAGGGGAUGUUGCUGUUGGAGAAGGGGUGAAGAGAUUCUUCUUCUCAAAGGCAGUUUCUCUAGUACAGUCUGGUUUGCAUUUGAAUUUUGGGAACACAGAUCUUACAAGACUGUUUGACGGUGAGCCAGAACACUUGACUCCAUCCACUUCUCAGACCUUGCUUGAGAGUGACAUGUUUUUGGUGGCAGGAAGAAUAAUGGGACAUUCAUUCAUUCAUGGUGGACCAUGUGUGUCUGGUAUAAGUCCUGCAAUCAUCCAUGUCCUUUUUGGUGGCUCACCUGAAACAGCUACGGUUCAGAUUGAGGAUUGCCCUGAUAUUGAUAUCCACAGCACUAUUCAGCUGCUUGAUGGCACUGCUGAAUUAACAGAACUGGAACGAAGAAAUGUUCUCGAGCUAGCCCUGGCUUGGGACCUGCCAGGUGUCACACAAACCAAUAGAAAGUGGCUGUAUGAACGUCUGCUAUUCCACGCUGUCAUAACACGAACAAGCCGUCAAGUCAAGCAGCUGAGGAAAGGGCUUAAGGAGACCAUGGUAUGGCCACUUCUGACAGAAAGAUCAGACAUCAUUCCUCUUUUCUUACCAAGGGAAUCAGAGACUGCUCCCUGUUGUGAGUCUAUUCUAGAAAGGAUAGUGUGGCCUGCCACAGAAGAUGAAGAUGAGGAGGAAGAGGAAUGCUCUCUUGAGGAUAAAUGCAAAGUGGCAGGUUACCUUCGGUCCUUCAUUGAAAAUGCGUCUUGUGCACAACGAAAAGCCCUCAUCAAGUUUUGGACAGGAUGGGAAGUCUUGCCGAGAGAAAUGACUGUGGAAGUGGUCAACAGCAGUCUUCCAAAGUCUUCCACCUGUUUUGAAGUUCUACGUCUUCCUGCACACUACUGUACCUAUGAGUCAUUUCUGAUGGACAUUGAGGUGUGUCUCAACUCUACUGACUCAGGUUUUGGUCUGGUUUAGGAUUGAUUCCAUAACCACAUGGUAAGAUUAGACCAUUUUUUUCUUUCUUGCAUCACAUUACUGUACUCAGUGUUCAAAGAAACUGACAAUCUAGUGAGUUCUAGUUCCUUUAAUACACUUGACAGUGAGAAAUACACAGUACCGUGGAGCAUUUAUGGCUUUUUGUCAGUUUAUAUUACAAAGAGUUCAGAAAACAAAAUCAGUUGUUCACUGUACAUUAUAAAUUACACAGUAUGUUUAGUUUAUUCUCGCUACUGGAAAAAUUAUUUGCAUUAAGAUGUUAUACUACUGUACUGUGUGCAUUGUAUUAAAUCUGCUCAGAGUUGACAUGUACUGUACAUCCAAGAAAUGAAUA